GAAAUGUGACUGAUCCUGAUUACUUGUAUCAUGGUGUAUUUGAAUGGGAUAAUUGCCACAAACAUUUUCAUUUUCAACAUUAUGGAAAAUUUCUUUUCGGUCAAACAGCUGGGCAUAAAGUGGGAUUUUGUCUGCAAACUACAUGGCGUUACUUUAAUACAGAAUACACUUAUUUAAAUACUCCGUAUGAUACUUGUGCUUAUCAAGGGAUCAGUGUUGGUUGGGGAGACGACUAUGUAGCAGGAUUGGGUUGUCAAUGGAUCGAUAUUACAGGCUUACCUGCUCAAACAGCUCUUUUAAGUGAUGAUUUAAAUCCGGAUGGUUUUCUCUGUGAGGGAAGUUUGGUUUUAAACAGUAGCAAUGCUAUUCAAUGGGAACUGACUAAUUAUACUACUUCAUACGGAUAUCCUGUUUCUCGAGCAAAAUGCAAUUUUACCAAAAAUUGGAAUUCUAAUAAUCACGAUUCUAUAAAUUAUAUUUUACAUAAUAAUUUGUCCUUCGUAACGGAGCCUUGUACUCGUGGUCAAUCCGGUCCUUUACGUGAUUGCGGAUUUCAGGUUCAGAAUGAUAUAAUAGAAUGUAUUCCAAGUGAAAAUGUCACUCUGGGUUUUUAUCUCGAAGAAUAUAAACAAACACCUUCAGUUACUGUACGCAUUUGCGAGUCCUCUCGAGCAUUGGGUGGUUCUACUCAUUGCGAAUAUGUAUACGCUUUAGCGAUGACAGUUGUUGAAUUGUCUUCAACUAAAUCAAAUCCUGCAAAAGUUACCUUUCAAUGUCCAAUAGCUCGUGAUAAUAUUGAAUCUGGUGGUCUUUAUUCUAUUUUGGUUGCACCUACAUUUAUUGAAGAUGAGUUGGUGUUUGUAAAUAUUGUUAAAUGA